AAAAUCAGAGCUACAGGUUAUACAUAGUCGUAAAAAAAUUUAUAUAAACCGUUAGAAUUACUCGAUUUUGAAUAUUAAGCUACAUGAUAAAUUAAAAAGAGGGCGCUGUUGUAAAUUUCUUGUAUCAAUUGAGAAAAUAGUGAAUGAUGAUAUAUACGACACAAGCCUACUAUGGAGAAUGAGUAAAAUGUAAACAGAUUUUAUCAAUAACAAUUGUUGUCCAGAUUUUUUAAAAUUUUUAAUAAAUUAAAUUUUAUGAAUUGAUAUAUUUUUAAAUUUUUAGUUUAUUUUAUUUUGUUUUAACAAGUAGUUUUUUUUUAUCAAAUUAUUUUAAAAAUGAAUGAACAUAAAACAAGCCAGGUAUUUAAUUUGGAUCCAGAGAGUGAAUUACGCUUUGAGGUUAAUGAAAAAGAUGAAAAAGUAACAUUAGAGUUAAAAAACGGGUUAGCGGAAGUAUUUGGAGCAGAGUUGAUAAAAGGAAAAAAAUAUGAGUUUGGAUUUGGACACAAAAUUGGAGUAUUUACAUGGCAAGGAUGCACAGUUGAGUUUACAGGAAAAACAGUCGCGUUUGUAGAAAAAAAAACACCAAUGGCUCUUUAUUUAAAUUGUCAUGCAGCUCUGGAACGAAUGCGAGAGUUUGCUGAGAAAGAUAAUUCCACUGGACCCAUAGUUAUGAUUGCUGGACCCCAAGACGUUGGUAAGUCGACUUUGACGAAAAUUUUGUUGAAUUACGCUGCUAGAAUGAGCAGGAGACCGACUUUCGUUGACCUGGAUGUUGGUCAAGGACAAAUAACCAUUCCGGGAAUAAUUGGAGCGCUGCCGAUUGAUAAACCAUCGGAUGUAGUUGAUGGAUUCAACACUCAAGGAUCUGUUGGUUUCCACUUUGGCCACAAAGGUCCUGGUUUCAAUAUGACGCUGUACAAUCAUUUGGUAUCAAGAAUCGCAGAAGUUUGUUCUGACCGUAUGGAGGCUAACAGAAAAGAAAAGGCAGGGGGAAUAAUUAUAAACACUUGCGGGUGGAUACUAAAAAAGGGUUACCGAAUACUAACUCAUAUUGCCCAAGCAUUUGAAGUCGAUGCCAUUAUUGUUUUAGAUAAUGAAAAAUUGUACAAUGCGCUUGUCAAAGAUAUUCCUGACUUUGUUAAAGUUAUUUUAUUGCCCAAAAGCAGUGGGGUUGUGAAUCGAGGCACUCCUUACAGAAGAAUUACCAGAAAUUUACGUAUCGAUGAGUAUUAUUACGGCACAAAGAGAACACUGACCCCUCAUAGCUUUGAUGUAAAAUGGAGCGACGUAAAAAUAUUCAGUGUAGGCCCUUUAUCAAAUUCACAAGAAGUAUCCAAAAAUAAAGCUACCAAAUUAAUUCCUGUGGUACCGGGACCUAAUUUGAAGAAACACAUACUUUCUAUAUCACUAGCUGAUCCUAAUAAAGAUGAUAUUGUACAAACAAAUAUCGCUGGCUUUGUUUGCAUAACAAAUGUGGAUAUUGCAAAACAAACUAUGACCAUUUUGAGUCCUCUACCCGGACCGUUACCAAAUAACGUUUUACUCCUUUCUAGUAUCACUUAUCCUGAUGACAAAUAAUCACAAUCAUAACUCAGCUUAUUUUAAAUAUGUAUAUAAUUGAUAUUUAUUUUUUAAGACUAUUUUCGUACAUAGUAUUGUAAAUAAAAUUCCAAUAAAAAGC